UAAGGAUCUCAACCCAAAUCGGCAAUGGCCUCCCCGCACGAGGAGAACGUGUACAUGGCAACGCUGCGGAGAAGGCUGAGUCGCUAUGAGGACAUGGUCGAGUUUAUGGAGAAGGUCGUCAGCGACGGGCUCAACGUUGAGGAGUGGAACCACCUAUCAGUCGCCUACAAGAACGUCAUCGGCGCCACGAGCGCAUCCUUGAGAAUUAUCCGGUCGAUCAAGCAGAAGGAAGAGAGCCGGGGCAACGACAACCACGUCUCGGCUAUCAAGACCUACCGAUCCAAGAUCGAGUCGGAGUUCUCCUCCAUCUACGACGGCAUUCUUAAGCUGCUUGACACCAAGCUCAUCGGAUCCGCCUCCACCGUUGAUUCUAAGGUCUUUUACUUGAAGAUGAAGGGUGAUUAUCAUCGCUAUUUGGCCGAGUUUAGAACCGGCGCGGAGCGAAAGGAAGCCGCUGAGAACACUCUUUCCGCUUACAAGUUUGCUGAGAACAUUGCUAAUGUGGAGCUAGCCCCAACUCAUCCAAUUUGUCUUGGCUUAGCGCUUAACUUCUCUGUUUUUUACUAUGAGAUAUUGAAUUCUCCGGAGCAAGUCUGCCAUCUUGCUAAACAGGCAUUCGAUGAGGCAAUUGCUGAGCUAGACCAUCUCGACGAGGACUCAUACACGAACAACACCACGAUCUUGCAGUUUAUUCGCAAUAACCUCAGUAUAUGGACUUAUGAAUUGAAGGAUGAUAAUUCUGGGAAGAGCAAGGAAUCCCCAUAAGCUUGAAAAUGAGCAGUAAAUUUUGCUGCUUAGAAUUUGAAAUUGCUCGUUUUUUACAGUAUUGCACUUCUCGGCUUUCUAUUAAUCAAGAAUUGUUGCUUG